CAAAUAUACAUCUCCAUUAUACUCAUUUUGGCGAUAGAAACGCUGAACGGUGGUAUAUCUAGCACGAACGCUCUCAUUAUACACCACUAACCUUCCCCACUCACUCACACCCAUCCCCUGAACAUGACCUACGUCUCAAAUGAUCCCAGUUACUGGCCGCAUAUCAGUUUCAAUAUUUUUGUAAGCUAUUGGACAGUUGCCGCCGGCGUCGUGGUGGUAUACGAUUGGGUCUUAACACUCCCACAAGAGAUUGAACUCGUCUGGAGACAACGCUGGUCUCUCAUGACCGUGCUGUAUUUGACUAUACGCUAUAUCGGAAUACCGUAUUCUCUUGCCAGUGUUCUGCGAACUAUGCCAUCGCUAUCGCUAUCACUGACAGAUGCAGUAAGCACUAUCACAUACUACGCAACAAGUGGGACAAAUGUGGCUUUGACUGCCAUGUUAGGAGUCAUCAUGAUUGCUCGGUUGCAUGCUAUGUCUCAGGGAUCUAGAACGAUGCUUAUCUUCCUUGUUAUUAUUUUCCUGGCUGUGAACAUCGCCUGCGGAGUAAUGACGGCAAUAGCACUCAACGAUGCUGGAGCAGAGGAGUUGAUACUCUCUGGCACGUAUAUGUGCUAUUAUGGAAUUGGUGGGGACGAGCAGCUUCUGUUUUCGAUGACUUGGACGCUCAGCACUGUUUGGGAGGUUCUCGCACUGUGCCUUUCAGUCCGGGUUGCUGUGAAACACUUCCGUGAACUGCGACGACUCGGCCCAUCGACAGGAUCGACCAUCGGGGACUGUUUCAGAGUGCUCAUACAAUCUCACGUUCUUUAUUUUGCAAGGUGAGCUUGUAAUGUGAACGCGCUUAUAUUUUUGUGCUCAAAUUCCGCACAUGUUAGCUUUCUUGGUGUCUCUUGCCUCCAGCUUGCUGUUCUCUCCCCAGAAAUCUUGAUUUCGAAUUCUAUUGGAGCUCAGAUACUCCUUGGUACUCUUCAAAUUUUAUUGGUCGUGCAGAUGUUUGUGCUGGGACCACGCCUCAUCCUGAGCGUUCGAGAAUACCACGCCAAACUCGUGGCAUACCCUGACGCAGAAAUUAACAUGAAUUCGAUUGUUCUCCAGGAGCAUGUACAUGUAUCAACUAGCAGUACUGUAUAGAGAAAUGCUUGCCGAGUGAUCUGCAGGGAGGAGACAUUUGGUGGAGGAUCCGUUGUGGUAUUUAUCUAACAUAUGGUGUUUCGAAGUAUAUUUCAAAGGUCCAGGGAAACCUAUUUAUUGUUGUA